UAACCAAACCAAAAUAAAAACAAAGCACCUAUCGUUAAGCAAAAAUAUGUUUACGAUAUAAGUUUCAAAAAUAAUCCCCCGCAUGGGGCAUUAGAAUCUUUGGCAAAAGACACAGCGUCCUGACGCACAGGCGUAAAAGUGGGACAUAAAAAUGAGGUGGGGGUCCUUCCAGAAAGAAAAACAUCAACGUAGGUGAUCUCAAUAAAGAAAUUUGCGAGUCAACACAAAGAACAGUCAGAAAGCGAGAGCUCGAAAGCGCGUUGCAGUUUAUUCCAAGUCUAUUUCAAGUUUGGGUUGAGUAAAUAGUGUUCUAGAAGUUUUCCUGGCCGAACUUUGCCUCGUCCGUAAAAAACAGUGUGCAAAAUGGGCAUGAUAACCAGAGUCCGAGGACGGCUGAGGAGCUUUCACACCAUCCAAGUCGACCCGGAAAUGCAAAACGAAAAAAUCGCUGAAACUGUUUGUUUGUUAUCCGUUUUGUUCCUUCUUCCUUACUGCUCCAGAGGCCAUGCACCGCUACUUGUGAGUUUGGGGGGAUGGUGCGUUGCCACUUACUCUUUUCUAGUCCUCCCAGUACUUAUUUCUGCCAACUACAAGUAUCCUGUGAGAUGGUUGAGAAAAUUAUUUGCCAAAAUCCCAGCUCUGUUGAGCAAGUGGUCAGGCCCUGUUUGGUCCUUUAUUUGCAGAGUGUAUGCGCCGUUGGACCGAUGCGAAAAAAUGUUCAUGAAAAUGACGAAUUUAUCAAAUCUGGCCACACAAUUGGUGUUCUUUAUGAUGUGUGAUCGCGUCCUGCUGUGCUCCCUCGGAGGCGGCAACUGCCCGCAGAAGAAAGUCACCGGGUUGUACUCACUCAUGUUUUACAACGUUAUUGCUUACUGCGUCUCCUACAUCAAAGAACUGAUCGAGAAAGAGGACUGGUCUGUGACUGUUAACAUGACCCAACACAGCAACAUCAAACAUGUGGCAAUGUCCGCGACGAAAAUUGUGCUCGAAUGGACCAAAGCCAUAACUUUCAUAAUCACCGUCACCUUCAUGUUGCUCGUUUUUGGCUUGGAGCAGGGCUUGGAGCAUUACCAGCCCACAGCUUUGUACACACUCAUCACGUGGACUUACUACAUGUGUACUGAGAAAGUUUUCAUCGAGUUGUUCCCGCCAUUCCUUGCCUUCCUCCGGUUGAAACACCUGGAGGCCCUGGAGUCGCUCUACGCUCCGGUCAUCUUGCGCUACUACACCGUGAGUGUCGCGGCUGUUUUAGUGCUUUUCUUGUGCUUUUACGGCCAAGUCAGGUUCACUUUCAUUGCCUUCUAUUUGACGGUUUAUUUGAGACUUAAAGACAUGGUGGCCAACUGUCUGAAAACCUUGAGGCAGGAGCGGGCGAUUUUGGGACAGUUUAGACAUGCCACAGAAGAGGAAAUUGAGAAUUGUGACGACGUCUGCGCUGUUUGUUUGAGUCCGAUGGAAAAAGCAAGAGUUACUCCGUGUCAUCAUUUAUUCCACGCCAGUUGUCUCAGACAGUGCUUGAGCGCGUCGCAGAAUUGCCCCAUGUGCAAGAGGGAGUAUACAUUUGUACACUAGGAUUACGGAUUUUCUUUUUUAAAUGUUACGGUCGUACUAGCUUAAUAUUUUGUACGUGACUAGGAUAGGCAAACUAGAUUAGUUUUGCUACGUUUAUAUUGUAUUUAUUUAUUAUUUUAUAUUUUGUAUGUGAAUAAAAGUAUUACUCUA